AUGGCGACAGAUCGCUUUCCUGCGAGCACGCGCGCCGCGGUGUUUGCGCGUUCUGCCUCGCUUCAGCGUCGAAAGAACGCAUCGGCGUGUUUUGUGUGGCUCUUUGCUCUCUUUUGUCUCGGCGCGUGGUGGGUGCGGGCAGAGAGCUCGGCGUCCUCGAUUCCCCCCUCCGGCUUUUUCUCGCCGGAGAUCCGCAACAACUGGGCGGUGAUUGUGAACACCUCGCGGUACUGGUAUAACUACCGGCACACGGCGAACGCGCUUUCGAUUUACCACACGGUGAAGCGGCUGGGCAUCCCCGACAGUCAGAUCAUUUUGAUGCUCUCCGAUGAUCACGCAUGCUCUGCCCGAAAUUUCUUCCCCGGGCGCAUCUUCAAUGAUCACACGCGCAACUUGAACCUGUACGGCGGGGAGACGGCAGUGGACUUUGCAGACGACGCAGAGCGCGCGAGCCUGCAGAGUGUGGAGGUCGACUACCGCGGCGACGAAGUGCAGGUCUCUGCGCUGAUGCGGCUGCUGGCUGGGCGCCACGAUCCAGCGACGCCGCGCGGGAAGCGCCUGCUGACUGACGGCAGCAGCAACGUGCUGCUGUACCUCUCAGGUCACGGCGGCGAGGGGUUUCUCAAGUUCCAAGACUGGGAGGAGAUCACGACGGUCGACCUGGGCGAUGCCAUCGCGCAGAUGAAGGCGCAGAAACGCUUCAAACGCAUGCUUGUCAUCGCCGAGACCUGCCAGGGCAGCACCCUGCUCGACGGGAUCUCCACGCCCGGCGUGCUCGGCAUGGCUUCCUCGAAGCUGAAGGAAAACAGCUACUCGCACCACGCAGACGGCGUCCUCGGCGUCGCCGUGAUCGAUCGCUGGACCUACUACACGCUUCAGUUCUUCGAAAAACGCGUGAGCGACGCCAACUCCGCGGCUACCUUCGCCGAGCUCCUCGGCAGCUAUUCGCGCAAACAACUCAUGUCCACUGCGUCCGCGCGAACUGACCUCUUCGACAAAGAUCUCGCAGACACCAAACUGACCGAGUUCUUCGCAGCCGCCUCCACGCUGCUCGCGACCGACGGCGUCUACCCCCUCGCCUCGCAGGGCGGGAGGCCUGCGAAAGAGGAACAAGACGGAAAAGAAGACGCGACAGGCCUGCAACCCUUCUCCGUCGGGACUUACUACGCGAACCAUUUUGCGCUCCUCAAAAAGCGCACGCCAGAGGGAGAAGAAGGUCGCGCAGCGGCGUCGGCGGACGCGGCGGCGGGCGCGCCGAAGACGCAGGCCAAACCCGAAGAGCCCUUAUUCAAGCACUGGUUUUCCUCUCUAGAACAAGAAGAAGGACACACGCGAAUCUUCGCGGCGCUCAUGCUUGUCACACUCGGGUCGACUGGCGCAGCCGCGGCGUUGCUUUGA